AUGUCCGGCCAGAGCAGAUCUAGCAGUCGUCUUGGACCCCGUGGUUGCUCGUUCUCAGGAUACUCUCAGCCUGGUGAUAUCCAUGCCGCCUUUGAUAUCCCGCGUGGAGUUGAUGCAGAGGAGUGGCUUCGUAUGAGGGAGCGCAAGUCCAUCAAUGACUUGCUGUACAAAAAUAUACCAUCAGUCCGCGAGAUAAGAGCUGUCAAGAAUAUUGACACCCUCACAGCCCCUGAGCACGAUGUCCUUGCAGCAGCCUUAGGUGCGCCGGCGAGGCAAGUCAUGUUACGGGCCGAGGAGAUAGGUCCGGCAACAGGUUGGAAGGAUGGCUAUCUCAGCGCUGAACAUGGCUUCUGCCCUCCCGACUACAAUGAGGCUGCCGGCGCUCUUGCCAACUCCCCGGGAAGGAUAUGGUCUGACCUCUGCGAACGCAUGCCGGGUUGUUUUGCAAGGGGUCGUGGGCGCGAGUCAAUCGCUGUCUUGCCGCUGGUCGAAGCGACAGCCAACAUCAUUCCAGACAAGGCUCUCUGGGCCGCCCACGUCACUCUUGGAUUGUUGUGCCACACCUACCGCUAUGAGGAAAAGUACGACGGCAACCAAGGCGUCACGGUCAAUCCUACAAAGUUCAAACCCAUUUGCGAGAUGGGUGAUGACCUCGGUGACGAGUUUAUCGGGAUACCGCGAUGCAUCGCUGUCCCAUUUCUCCAGGUUUCCCACCGAAUCGGCCGACCCAUUCCACAUCUCACAUUUUUCGACCAGACUUCCUUCAACAUGAAGCUCAGAGAUCCUAAUUCUACGUAUCCUUAUAUUGGCAGAUUCGAUAACAUGGAAACCCGGUGGCCCAUCUUUGGCGAGAGAACAGAAAUGGCUUUCCAAAAAGGCUGUGCGGAUACAUCAGCCUCUUUUCAACAUGGGCCCGAUGCCAUUGCCAGCUGCCAGGAACAUGUGAUGAACAGGAAUUCCGAGGGGCUGCUACGGGAACUAGUCCGCCUCAAGGAAAUACUCGAGCGCAUGCCCAACGCCUUUCACACCAUUAACACCAACCCGUACUCUGGAGAGAAUUACGUCCCAGGUCACCAGUGGUUCCCUCCGUAUCUGGUCAUGGAUGCCUUUCUGGGUCGCAAAAAGUACAACUCUUUCCUUGGCGCUGAGGGCAUCCACUUGCGCGCAUGGUUGCCUUCCAACUGGAGGGCUUUUAUUGCUGCCAUUGAGUACCACUACCGUAUUCCCGAGUUUGUUCAGCAGUCAGGAGAUCCAAGGCUUAUGGGUGUACUUGAUGGCAUUGUUGAAGCCUAUACUGGCGAACGAGGUUUCAUGGGUACCCAUCGAUACAAGGUAUUCGGUCUUCUUGAGGUUGCGGGCAAGACUGGCCGGAGCGAAACCAAUGGAUUAUCAGGCGCUCCAGACUCAAACGCCAGGCCUUGGGAGGAAACGCACAAGCAGUUCUCGGAGGCCAUGAAAGAGCGCCUUGAGCCGUAUCGCGGCAAUAUUUCCGUCGAACCUCACGAGAUGCGCGGCACCUUUGAGGAAUGUCGGUACCGGUCUCGAGUCCUAAGCCGUUCAUUCGUUGAUUCGGACCCUAAUCGCUCUCUCGCCAUGGUAACUCUCGAUAUAGAAAACACGGGCAUCACUUGGCAGCCAGGCGAUCGACUUGCCGUGAUGCCUCUAAACAGCUGGGAAGAAUGCGCCAAGGUUGCCGCAGCGCUCGGGCUAGGAGAUUACCUAGAUACUCGAGUCGCUCUGAACCGGAAGUGGGAACGCUUCUCCCAGCACUUGGGUGCAGUUUCACAUUCACCUGCCCCAGUGUUGAUCGUGAAGGAUAUCUUGAGGAGAGGCCAUAUUGCUCCAAUCACCAAGGACCUUGCUCUCAAAGUCCAUGACCUGCUUCGAGCGUCAUCUAAUACAGUACUCCAGGUUCUAGCCACCGACGAAUGGCCUGUUCAGGGAACGCUGGGCGACUUGCUCCAGGGUGCAGUGGCCGAUACCGAUCCUACCAUUUGGGAUCGUGCAUUUGACCUUACAGGUGAUUUGGCGUGGCUUGCCGAUUUCGUUGCUGUCGAAGUGCCUAGGACCUACUCGAUUUCCACUUACUCGCGGGAUUUACUUCCAUCUACUGUCGACUUGACCAUUUCCCGUGCCGAGUACAAGCUUUGUUCCACAUUUGCCGGCGACGAGGAAAUUGCAUGCGCAGGUGUCGGAAGUGGUUUCCUUAACCCCUUUGUUUUAUCCAGCGAUGAGUUCAUCGAGGCAGAAGAAGAGAUCCUGAUCGGAGUGUCCCGGCCCCUCAACUUCCAACUUCCUAUCGAUCGUGCAGCGCCCUGUGCCUACUUUGCUGGCGGUAGCGGCAUUGCUCCUUUCCGCAGCUUCUGGCAGGCAAGGCUCGCUUCUCAUCAGAACUCGGCUGGAAGGGAUCUGCUCUAUCUCGGAGUUCAGUCGCGCGACAAGUUCUGCUACGAGGAUGAGUUACGGGACUACAUUGAUGCCGGCCUUAUGGAGGCUCAUCUGGCAUUUUCCCGCGAUACAAGAGGUCUCGUAUAUGACAAGAGGACCCACGAUCUUGUUGAGAAAGAGAUGCCACCUCGGUAUAUCGACGCUCUCGUAGUGGAGCAAGCUGCCACGAUUUCCGAGCUUGUUAUGUCCAAGAAACAAGGCGGACUCGGAGGCUACUUGUACGUUUGCGGGUCUGUCGCUGUUUUUGACUCAGUCAUGAACGGUAUUCGCAAGGCCUUGUACAACCACUGCAGCGCUACAAUGGAGACUGUUGAAGUGAUCAUCAACAAGGCCUUUGCCGAACGUCGCUUUAUGCUGGACGUUUUCAUGACGCCCAAGCCGCUGCCCUGCAACCUUCUUACCAUUCCUCUUUCCCAGCUAGCACGUCAAACCGGUCACCGCCCGGGUGGUCGCAUCUGGAUCGGCGUUCAUGGGAGUGCCUAUGACGUUACGGAUUUCUGUCCUAUGCACCCGGGAGGCACACUCAUCCUCAAAUCUAACGCUGGCGGCGACUGCUCCAAAUCGUUUGACAACCUGGCGCAUACCAACAACCCCGAGGUUAAUAGCUUGCUUACGAAGUAUUUUGUCGGCCAGCUUGCACCCAAGCCUGAGUUUCACCGCUGCCCAGAGCUCGGUGAUCUGUAUGAUCUCUGGGCUGCGUAUCUGCGUACAGCGGUAGAAACACUUGUAGCUCAUCAGUUCCAAAUGCACGAGAUCAUGGGUGUGGAUGAUGAUGGGACGAACGACAAUUUCUUCCGGGGCGCUGUCAACAUAUGGUCCCGCGAACACCUGGUCAAUGUCGGUUUGGGUGUUCGAACUUUUUACGAGUAUCAGUCGCGUCUCCUUCAGGGUGGAUUCUCCGCGCUCUUUGGGCCCAAGCUUCAGGAAUUGGUCCUGAAGCUCUCCUUUAUACUUGCAGACUCAGCGGCUGUCGGCGCCGAAGCCAGGCUUCCAGACGUGCUCGGUACUAUUGCACGAGCAAAGACAUCGCCGGACGCGGUUGCCACAUCUCAGGAAGUGACGCUCAUUGGACAAUUUGUCAGCGACAACAAUGGUGCUCGUUUUGCCGAGAGGGGCAUCAUGGACUAUGCGGCCAAAAGUGUUGAACUUGAUGUCGAGCUGCUGGAGGACAUUCGCGAGGAAGCCUGUCAUGGCAUGGACGCCUUUGGAAGCAUCAUGGCGAUGGAUUUGGCUACUGAUGAUCAACGGGUGACUGCCCUUUCCAGCUUCCUCAUGCAGACCCUCGAACGUAUGGCGAAGCGACUCGAGAUUUUCUACGCCAAACUUGCUCAGCACAAGGUCUACCAGCCGGAAAUUGAGAGGAACCCCGCCAGGGCACGAUGGAACCUGGUGCGCAUGAAGAUUCAGGACGGCUCAUUCUUCAUCUUGACACAAGAGGCUGUCUUGGGCGCUGCGCCGGCGUUCAUUCCAGCUCAGCGCCAAAACGCUGGCGUGGACUUUGAUGCGGUUAUGAGCCGCGUCCAAACGAGUGUUCGGAAUGCCUCCCAGCCCAAGCCUCAUCCCCAAUCGCUCAACGCAAUGCACAUGGCGAGAGCGGAUGCGCCGCCCACGGAGACUACGGCAAUGGCUACACAUGAUAACAGUAUGGCGGUCAGGGCCAUGUCGACGUUCAUCGAUAAAAACAUGCGUGCGAUUAGGCGACUGAGCAAAAUGCCUUCAAUGCCGAUGACCUUUGAGCAAUUGCAAGCUACCGUAGAGCAACGAGAACAAGAGCAGCAGCAGCAGCAAGCGGCGAUGAUGCAAGCCGGCAGUCGACCACCGACACCACCCUCCAGCGGAAGAUCAACCAGGUCACCUUCCGUGAAAGCGAGCAUGCGAACACCCAUGACCGCAGCGCAGAACCUCUACGCAUACAACAGGUCGCGAGCAUCGUCAUUGGAGAGACUCAUGAGCGGAAGAGGUCUCAACAGAAGAAGUUCCACCGCCUCAGUCACUUCCUCGUCCCCCUUCCCCGUCCUGCCGAGCGGUGGUCACAGUGUUCACAGCCAUCACGACACGCGAUAUCCCGUCCGAGCACCGCCUACUCCGCCACCACCUCCUGCUCCCGUUGAUGCCGCUACUGCGAUGAAUGUGAUGAUGGGCAAGCUUAAUGUGCGUUCUAGAGGAACCUCAAUGCCGCCUGCUCCUUUGUCAUCCAUGUCUGCGCUGAGUCACAACGGUGGUAUGAACGGUGGCGCAAACGCUGUCGAGGAGUAA